AUGCAAACAAUAAAGUGUGUAGUCGUUGGUGAUGGUGCUGUUGGCAAGACGUGUCUUCUAAUCUCAUAUACAACCAACAAAUUUCCUUCUGAAUAUGUCCCUACAGUUUUCGAUAAUUAUGCGGUAACAGUUAUGAUCGGUGAUGAGCCAUAUACAUUGGGGCUGUUUGACACAGCUGGUCAAGAAGAUUAUGACCGGCUUCGACCCUUAUCUUACCCCCAAACGGAUGUUUUUCUUGUUUGUUUUUCUGUAACCUCACCAGCUUCCUUUGAAAACGUUAAAGAGAAGUGGUUCCCCGAAGUUCACCAUCAUUGCCCUGGAGUUCCAUGUUUGAUUGUAGGUACGCAAAUAGAUUUGCGUGAUGAUCCUAGUGUAGUUGAAAAAUUAUCGAGACAAAAAAUGAGACCAGUAACAGUAGAAGCAGGGGAAAGACUUGCUAAAGAAAUUGGAGCGGUCAAAUAUGUUGAAUGCUCAGCUUUGACGCAAAAGGGUUUGAAGAAUGUUUUUGAUGAAGCAAUUGUUGCGGCUUUGGAACCACCGGUCACUAAGAAACCUCGCAAAUGCUUGGUUCUGUAG